GGAGAUAGAAGGUGAAGAGAAGACCUCAGGAGAGAGAACCAAGAGUGGGAAAUGUGGAGGGGAAACAGCCCAGGGGGUAACCCGGGAGCAGCCACAGAGGGAACCGGUGGAGAACUGGGAGGACAGGGGAACUGGGGUCUGGAAGAUGCCCCAGGCCUCCUGGUCAGGGCCUCCCUGCCCAUCAUGCCUGCGUGGCCAUCGCCCUUGGCCUCCUCAGCCCUCACCCUGCUCCUUGGAGCCCUCACUUCCCUUUUCCUCUGGUACUGUUACCGCCUGGGCUCCCAAGACAUGCAGGCUCUCGGGGCUGGGAGUCGGGCUGGGAGUGUCAGUGGGGGGCCUAGGGGAUGCUCUGAGACUGGCAGGCCAAGCCCAGGGAGCUCUGGGGAGCCUGGGGAAGGACCCAGGGCAGAAGGCCUAGUGAGCCGUCGCCUGCGGGCCUACGCCAGGCGCUACUCCUGGGCGGGCAUGGGUAGGGUGAGGCGGGCAGUUCAAGGUGGCCCAGGCCCUGGGGGAGGGCCGGGGGUCCUGGGCAUUCAGCGCCCAGGCCUGCUUUUUUUGCCAGACCUGCCCUCAGCCCCCUUCGUGCCACGGGAUGCCCAGCGGCAUGACGUGGAGCUCCUGGAGAGCAGCUUCCCUGCCAUUUUGCGGGACUUCGGGGCUGUGAGCUGGGACUUCUCAGGGACUACUCCUCUGCCUCGGGGCUGGUCCCCGCCCCUGGCCCCUGGGUGCUACCAGCUCCUGCUGUACCAAGCAGGCCGGUGCCAACCCAGCAACUGCCGCCGGUGUCCGGGGGCCUAUCGGGCACUGAGGGGGCUGCGGAGCUUUAUGAGUGCCAACACCUUCGGCAAUGCUGGCUUUUCUGUCCUCCUGCCUGGGGCUCGGCUUGAGGGUCGCUGUGGGCCCACCAAUGCCCGGGUCAGAUGCCAUCUGGGCCUGAAGAUUCCUCCCGGCUGUGAGCUGGUGGUCGGGGGCGAGCCCCAGUGCUGGGCUGAGGGACACUGUCUACUGGUGGACGACUCCUUCCUGCACACAGUGGCUCAUAAUGGCUCCCCUGAAGACGGGCCUCGGGUGGUCUUCAUCGUGGACCUCUGGCACCCCAACGUGGCCGGGGCCGAGCGCCAGGCCCUUGACUUUGUCUUCGCGCCAGACCCUUGAAGGAAGGGGCUCCCUUCAGACACCUGGGCUGGAGAGGUGCUGCACUACUCAGGGAUGGCUUGAGUGGUAGCCAGGACCUCCUCUCCGCUGCAGGGGGUGGGGUGGGGCUGCGGGUGGGAACUGGCCAGCCUACACUGAAAUACAGAUUUUAAGUCCUCUCCUAACCCCUUCGUCCAGCUACCAGCCAAGUAAAAGGCUUGGGGCGGGGGCUCCUGUCCUCUCCCAUCCAACUAGCCAAGUACCUCCUUAACACAAGCCAUCUCCUUGACCCUCUCCCCCGGAGCCAGCACCAGACCCUCAGCUCAACUUUAUUCCAAUAAUUUAAUAGAAAAUUAAAAUAAAUAAUAUGUAA